CUUCUAUCGGCUGCGCCUUUACUGUGGCAGUGCAAAACUACUACUUCUCCUGCAUGAAGAUUCCUCUUUAAACAAGAGUCGGUGUCCAAACAACUAGGAGGCAGGAUGUAACUAGAUGAACUUCGAGAUGGCAGAACACAACUCAACGGGCCUGCCGCGCGCUCCUCGCAAAAACGUCGUGGCAGCAUUAGUGCUCAGGGCCCGACCGCGAAUGCGUGCCUACUCACCCAAAGUCCGCACAGGAUGCAUUACUUGUAGAACACGCCGAAAGAAAUGCGACGAAGAGAAACCAAUCUGCCGACGGUGCAGGGAGGAGCAGUUUAAGUGCGACGGUUACGCUUCUUUGCCGUCCAAGAAGAAACAGCCAGCUGCACAAAAGAACACCUCUUUGAGAACUCAAACAACGAAGUCGAUAUCAAGGUCAGUCGAGAAGAUUGUCCGUCGAUACAAUCAACACGAUCUAGUCGCAGGCGCCAGGAUCAAUCUCCACCUCGAAGCUCAGGGGGCCGGUGGGAUGUUCUUACAUCACUUCCGCUCCAUUACGAUCAUUGACUUUAUUCGCGUCGCCAAUCCCAAAGAUUUUUGGUUUCGUAGAGUGCUCCCGAUGUGUCAUGACGAUCCUGUCGUCCGGCAGGUCGUUGUUGCGCUCGGUGCAGCCCAUCGAUGCUACCUCGACACAAUCUCCAAACCAGGCCCAGAGAGUGUGAGCGCAGUGCUGAGUCAUACCGAAGGUGUUGCCGUUAGCCUGUACAAUGAGGCCAUAACAAAGUUGAUCAGUCUGGAAGUCACAUCGUCCAGCUCAGGCGACAGGGAGCUAAAGUACCUCAUCUGCUGCCUACUUUUCGUUUGCCUCGAGUAUAUGCUUGGGCGCUUUGACGAAGCCGUCCGCCAUAUAAAAGCUGGCUGCCAGCUUUUCCAGGCCUCAGACUUGUCGACUGCGCCGGACGAUGUCCGACAGCUGUUCCAGGAGGCUGGCACAGUAUUCCUCCGCCUCAUCGUCGACGCAACCAUUCCCCCACAAGAUUAUGAUAUUCCCAAUAUUACGCCGCAUGCCAAACCUCUGAUGGAAAUCGACGACGCGUCACAGGCCUUCUCGAGUCUUGCUGAAGCUAAAGAUGCUAUAUGGGACCUAGAUGUGAGGAUGGCAUACUGCAGCGAGGGUCAGCACGACGAUCCCAAAGAGAGGCUUGAAAAGCCCGAUUUUGAGAAUUGCAAUGAAGACUGGAAGGAGCUUUCCAGCUUGUUCGAAGUCUGGAGGUCCAAGUUUAAUCUCCUUAUCUCAGCUCUCGGCAACGUCAAUAUUCUUCCAAUUGACAUACAGCGAGAGAUACUUGUCCUCACUGCCCAGCGUUAUAUGUGGGACACCAUCCUAUACCCGGAAGACAGUCUUGAAGAUGAGGGAUUGCGGGAGCUUUGCCAUGCCCACAUCGAUUUGGUAGAGCAAACGUACCGCAUAGAGGCUACUUGGAUGGGACGCCCUGUAUUCACGUUGGAUAGUGAUACAAUACCUGCAAUGUUUCAUGCCGCGACCUAUUGCCAGGACCCCGCCAUCACAACACGCGUCAUCGACCUUCUGCGUCAGUACAGACGACGAGAGGGUCUGUGGGAUAGUUGGGAAGUGGCAGAUAUGCUUUCCAAACAGUUGGAGACUACCAAUACGGCGCUCGAGGAUGGUUUCGUUCCAAGGCUGUUGCUAAGAUAA